AUGAUCGUGUUCGGGGGAGGAAAGCAGGAUAAAGACGUUCCACCUGAAAACUUGCUAAAGAUUGUGACGCUUCUCUUCGUCAUCGAAUUCGUCUAUAUCUUCUGCCAAUGGCUGAUCAAGAUGUCUUUUCUGACCUUCUAUCUUCGAGUACUGAGUAUCUCACCAUUGUACAAAAAGACCGUGUAUGGAGUGAUGGUCUUUACCUCGGCGCAGACCUUGGCCGUCCUGCUCUUUUACGGUCUGCAAUGUCUCCCGCUGGAUGCCUUCUUCCACCCCGAGGCCCAUCCGGAUGCGAAAUGCAUUCCCACGGCGGUGACGCUGUACUUUCCUGCAAGCAUGAACGUCUUAACCGAUCUUCUCAUUUACAUUCUGCCGAUCUAUCCCUUAUGGACUUUACAAAUGUCUGCACGCCGACGAGUGGGAUUGAUUGUCUGUUUCACUGUCGGUGGUAGCACUAUUAUAGUGUCCCUUCUCCGCUUCAUCGUACUUGUGCAGCUGGCCAGUGGCUCCAGGACCUUUUAUGUCUACGGCUCCGUUGCGAUCGUCACAACAAUUGAGCUUUGCACGGCGAUUAUGACAGCCAACAUGCCCUCCCUCCGAUCGGUCUGGAGGACACAUGUUUCAGGAACCUUGUACGGCUCGAGCGGUCGGAAGCCGUCUUCGUACGAACUGGGAACGACUUCAAGAGCCCGCGGCAAUCGGAAAAUGAUCAAAAGCAGCAUCGUCCAGAGACUGAAACAAGGCGCUACCAACGUUUCACACGCAGACUCGGAGGAGGAGCUUUGCCGCAAUGGUGGGGACAUUGUUGUCAGCACUCAGGUCAAUGUGAGCAGUGUCGCAGAUCCCAGUGUGAAUAGUCCGCAACUACCGCCUUCAUACUACAAGCCCAGCGAGUACAACUCAUUAAGCCUUGAUUCCAUCAGUUCCUACGCUGCAAACGCUUAG